AUGGAUUAUCUCGCUUUGUCUUCACAACAUCAGAGCUCGAUAGAGGAAUCAGAGCUCCAGGCAUUACACGGCGCCAGCGUUGCGGGCAACACGGUGAUCGAAUUGUACCAGAAAAUCGCAGCAGAGAAAGAGCUCCACCAGCGCAUUCUCGCGUUCUCGGUCUCUCACAAUCAACGCAUUGUGAAGAUAUUUGGGCACUUUGCGUUGAUUGACGGCCGCAAGAUCACCUUUCACCGCCAUCGACUAUUUGAGAUGGAACUUGUCGAUGACGCGUCCAAUCAGACCAGGCCAUACCAAAUUGCUCUUGGUAUCUGGGAACACUUCUAUCCUAUACACCUUGCUAGGAUUCGAGAUGUACUGGCUCGACAGCGAGAUCGUGCUGUGGACUCCUUUACUGCGCAGCUUGGAUUGGAAGAGGACUAG